CAUUACACGGCCCAAAGCUAUAUCUAUAUACGUCGUAUAUAUACAGCCGGCCAGCAAGAAGGCAGUAGAAAAGAAGAAAGACAAAACAAUUCAAAUUACUGAAAAAUGAGCAUCAUUAGCCUACUCCGACUCCUAUGGAAGGAACUACUCCUCAGACUUCUUCUAUGGAAGGAAGAAGUAGAAGAAGAAGAAGGUGAAGAAGCAGCGAAAGUGGAGUCCAUCUUCAUAUACCCUAUCAAAUCCUGCCGUUCUAUUUCUCCUCCAGAAGCUUCCAUCACUUCCACCGGUUUCCGGUGGGAUCGUCAAUGGCUGGUGGUGAACUCAAGCGGCAGAGGGGCUACGCAAAGAGUCGACCCGAAGCUUGCUCUGGUUCAGGUGGAACUCCCGCCGGAGGCAUUCAGCCACGGCUGGAAGGCCCGAAAGGACUCGUUUUUGGAGGUAAGGGCUCCUGGAAUGAAUGUUCUGAAGGUGCCAUUGCUUGAACCUUCGACUUUGACUGAUGGUGUGGGCCUGUGGGGAUGGACUGGCGCUGCCUUGGACGAGGGGGAGGAAGCCGCGGAGUGGUUCACCAAGUUUCUUGGCCAACCUCGAAGGCUAGUGCGCUUUCACGAAGCAUCACAGAAUCGGCCUGCAUUCCCCAAAUAUGCUGCGGGCCACAAACUUAAGUUCCAAGAUGCCUAUGCGCUUCUUCUAGCAUCCCAGGAAUCACUUGAUGCUUUGAAUGAGCGGUUAGAGGAGCCUGUGCAGAUCACUAGAUUUAGACCCAACAUUGUCGUUAAUGGAUGUGCAUCAUUUGCUGAAGAUCUAUGGAAAAAGGUCAAGAUAAACGGAUUAAAAUUUAACUCUACACAACUUUGUGAACGUUGUAAGGUACCCAGAAUUAAUCAAGAAACGGCAGAACUUGGCUCAGAGCCAACUCAAACAAUGAGAAAAUUCCGCUCAACCGAGAUCUUGAAUCCAGAUAAAAAAUCAGAUGGAAAGGUAUAUUUCGGACACUGGUUUAUUUGUGACGAUCACAAUGCUAAAGCUAAAAGUAAAACAAUUAAAGUGGGAGAUCCAGUUUAUGUCCUAAAGAAGCUGUCCUCCUAUGAAGAUGUUGUGUUUUGAACUUCAAUACCUUUGACUAAUAAAUGAGAUCCAUUUUACAUGUAGUAUGACUUCAGAUUUGCCAUUAAUAAACUGUUCUCCCUUUGUUUUUUUGUGGUUUUCUUAAAUUGGCUCUUCAGAUCUGUGUUAAGAGAACCGGACAGGACCGGGCGGUUGGACCCGGAACCCGGCCCAAUGACCGGUCUGGUUGAGGGUAAACCUGCAAACAAGCCUAAGGGAGUGUUUGCGAUUGCUUGUGCUUUUUAAAAGUGAUUUUUUUAAGAGAUUAUUGAAAAAGUGAUUUAUAGUGAAAGUAGGUAGUGUUUGGGAAUAGAAGUGAUUUUAGUUAAAAUGUAAAAGUUGGAGUAUUUGAUAAAAAAGUGAUUUUAGAUGUAAUAUUUUGUUGAAGUACAAUAAUACCCUUAAGUAUUUAUUAAAUUAAAAAAACGGAGUACUCUGUUAUCACCUUUCAAAUUGAAGUUCCGAAAUUUCAUGAAGAAACCCUUAGAUGACGGUGCAAGCCAGUCUUUUGAUGUCCUUGCAAAUC